AUGAUGCAUUGCAGCAUGGGCCGUGUUGCAGCUCUGGUGGCCGGGCUGGUGCUUUGGACCAUUUCCGGCCUGCAGCUGCACUGGCGCGAGCUCGCGACGCUUAGCGUGGUGGCUCCGGAUGAUCCGGGUCCGAUCCGGCUCAAGGUUCUUAUGGUACGUACCAUCGGAGCACAAGAGGUUCAAUUCACGAAGGACGAUAUCCGAUCUUUGGCGGACAAGACUAAGGGUAUUCAAAAAGCGAACACAUCCCACUGCGCUGCCCGAAAGCUGCCGGGGCUUAAAGCACCCGUAAGCCGAGAUCUGCCACUGGACGCGUGGCCAGCAGAUGUUGUCUGCUACGCAGGCAUCACAGACUUGCUGAUUGACCUGCAUGUCAUCCUCUUAGUGUGGGAAAAGGUUGGGAAGCUUGAUGUGUCGGACAUUCCGCUGAACAUAUCGGUGAUUCACGCGCCGAAAACCCGCAAGCUCGAUGCUUGGGUGUUGCAUCUCACUGCAACUGCUGUAGCAGCCUACGACUAUGUGUGGCUGGCAGAUGGAGACGUAAAAACCUCGGACGUGAACUGGUUUGCCUUCUGGACGAAUAUGCUGUAUUUUCAGCCACAGGUUGCUCAGCCUGCCAUCGUGGCGUUCGACAAGGGGAAAAUUCAUUGGAGAAGCGAUCACACCGUACUGCGAGUUCCGGAAGAUGAUGAGGGUGAGACGUGGGCCAUUGAUCCCACCUUGAUUGCUGCUGAGGUGGGGAUCGUCGAGAUAAUGACGCCUGUGCUCACCCCCAGGGCUUGGUUGGCUAUGAGGGAAGCACUUGUCAGCAACAGCAAGGCAAUGGAAUGGGUUACCAAAGGCGCCACAUGGUGCGUGGAUGUCAAGUGGUGUCAGUUGGCUCGUACAUCUGUGCUUGGCUUGGAAGCCGCAGGGGAACCGGACGUCAGUAUCGGGGCUGUGGCCCAAAGGCUGCUUUUUCCGCGCACAGUCAAGAUUUUCGGUUGUUUCUUCAACAACAAUCCAGCUACUUUGGAGAGCUUUGGCCUGCUGGCAAGCAGCAGUGGGACUCGUACGCAGAUGAAAAGGCUGUUUAUGCGAGACAGUGAAGGCAGCUACCCUUACGACAGCUGGAAAGCCAGUCGCGGUCUUCAGCAGCUCCAGUCCGAGUGGAUCGACGGCGUGGUGCAUGACGUGGAGCAGAAUCACGACAGCAUCCUGCUGGAGGUGGAGGACCGGCAGUUCUUGGUGACUGUCCUAGGCCGAUGGAGUCGUCUCAUCCAAGUAAUGGACCUGGAAACAGGUUUACAGUGGUCGAAGCGGACUGAGAGUGACGACCCAGAUGGCGAUCCCCUUGACAACCUGAACCAUGUCUACACAGUACUGGUUGACAAGCUGGAUGGUGGUGGCAAGGAGGUGUGGCUCCCCUGCGGCUUUCGAGGCGAUGAGGUCGACAAGGAGUUCUCCAUCAAGUACAUGCGAAUUUUGGACUUGGAGACGCUUGAACUGCGAACUGGCCCAAAGCUUCCGUUCGCCGGCGGAGCCUGUACGGCUGUGGCUCUGGAAAUAGUUCCGGGCGAGCCUCCCAUGAUUUGCAGCUUCGGUGGAACGAACGGCCAUCAUAAUUCAGGCAUUUUCCAGCCAUAUGCUACAUGUUACGACCGCCUGCGGGAACGAUUCUGGUUCCCUUUUGGCAAGAUGCCAUACGGCAUGGAUCAUGGCAGCGUCGUGGUGACUCCUACUGGUGUAUGUGGUGCCCAGCGACGGACUGUGAUCAUCCUCAACUACCGCAUAGUUCCUUAUGGGAGCGCGCGGCCAGAAAUGCUCGCUCACGAUCUGCCCGAAAGUGGGUGGACGGCGGAAGAGCUAAGUCAGGCAUCCAUGGAGGAGCCAGGAAAGUGGUACCUCUACCACAACGUGUCCUUCACCAAAUCUGAUCCUUGCACUUCUCCUCGGGACGCCAGCGGGAUGGCCACUGCCAACGGUGGCCGGUUCCUGCUAAACUUUGGUGGAAUAUUUUACACGCGCGACAAGCAUGGACACCCGGUCGGACACCGCUUCAGCGCCAUCCGUAGCUUCGAUGUUUGCGAGAAGCGCUGGACGAUUGAGGGAGACCUCGGGAUGGAUACGUUCGCACUGCAGACUGCGGCUAGCCAGAAGCUUCAAGUUGCAGUGACCUGCGGGGGCGAGUCGGUGGAGAGGUCGUUGAAUCGGAAUGGAAAUCAGCCGUGGUGCAUUGUUCACCGACCACGACACGGCCUAGAAUUGGCCAAUCGUCAUGGCGGUGCUGCCACCCACAAGUUCCCACGGGGAUUCGUACCCGGAGCAGAGCAGCAGAGAGCAAGAUUGAAGCAGAAGGUGGGCAAGACUUAG